ACCAGGACGCAACGAACCAUUAAAGAAAGAGCGGCCAAGAUGGAAGAGCGACUACCCCAUGACGGAUGGCCAGCUCCGCAGCAAAAGGGACGAGUUCUGGGACACUGCGCCAGCAUUCGAGGGGCGCAAAGAGAUCUGGGACGCACUGAAAGCGGCAGCCUACGCCGUGGAGGCCAAUGACCACGAGCUGGCUCAGGCCAUUGUGGAUGGGGCCAGUAUUACGUUACCUCAUGGUUCUCUAACAGAAUGCUACGAUGAACUUGGAACCCGGUACCAGCUUCCAGUUUACUGCCUGGCUCCACCAGUGAACCUGAUCAUGGAAAGAAGUGAAGAAGAUGGAGCCGACGUCCCAGAUCCAGCCCCGAAUACCAGGCGGGAGUUCCAGCUGAAAGUGCGCCUUUCCACUGGAAAGGACGUUAAACUCAGUGCCAGCAUGUCAGACACUAUUGGCCAAAUGAAGAAGCAGCUACAUUCCGUAGAGGGGAUUGAACCUUGUUGGCAAAGAUGGUUCUUUUCUGGGAAACUUCUCACAGAUAGGAUGAAACUACAGGAGACUAAGAUUCAGAAGGACUUUGUCAUCCAAGUUAUUGUUAACCAACCGACCGAUAACCAAAACUGA